UGGUCGAUCCAAACCAAUCAAAUCUACUCAACAAUGGCGUUCAAGUUCGUCGCUUUCGCCGCCCUCGUGGCUGCCGCCAAUGCCGGCAUUAUCGCGCCCGGCGCUCCUCUGGCGUACGCCGCGGCUCCGGUCGCCGCUGUCGCGCCCGUCGCCAAGGCCGUAGUGGCUAAGGCCAUCGACGCCGACUACGACCCGCAUCCCCAGUACAGCAACGCCUACGACGUGCACGACAGUCUGACCGGCGACGCCAAGAGCCAGCACGAAACCCGCGACGGCGACCUCGUCCAGGGCAGCUACUCCCUCCUGGAGGCCGACGGCACCAGGCGCAUCGUCGACUACACCGCCGACCCGGUCAACGGAUUCAACGCCGUAGUGCGCAAGGAACCCGCCGCCGUCGCCGUGAAAGCCGUUGCCGCCGCACACGUCGCACCCGCGCCCCUCGCCUACGCCGCGCCCGCCAAGCUGGCCGCGCCGAUCGCUGCUGCACCCUUCGCUUAUGCCUCGCCGGUCGCCAAGUUGGCCGCUCCACUCGCCUACGCCGCACCCGUAGCUAAACUCGCCGCCCCUGCCUACGCCGCGGCACCCAUCACCUACGCCGCGCAUCCCGCACCCAUCACCUACGCCGCGCAUCCCGCACCAGUUGCCUAUGCCGCGCAAGCCGCCCCGGUUGCCUAUGCCGCGCACGCCGCCCCGGUUGCCUAUGCCGCGCACGCCGCCCCGGUUGCCUAUGCCGCGCACGCCGCCCCGUUAGCGUACGCCGCGCAUUCCGCCCUCGCCAAGAUCGCCACACCACUCUCCUACGCCGCCCCUGCCGCCUACGUCCACUGAUCGCGUUGAUCGCACCAGCUCAUGUCGUCGAUUCAGGCCGAACUUAUUUAUUUUUAUACCAUGUAUGUUUUUUUUUCUGUGUGACUGAUUAAAGGAAUUACAUAC